AUGACCGAGAGUGAUGCGUCUCGAAUUCAAUCGUCCCAAGCUAAGAAUGGUGGCGAUAUGUCCUCUGCUGGCUUUGCCGCACGUUUUCAGGCUGCUGGCGAUCAUUUCCAUGAUACCAUUGUUAUUAAUUUUGGGAUGAAUGUUGCUGCAGCAGAGUUUGCAAAUCAACAAUACAUAUGGGAGCACUCAAAGAGUAACAAGGCUUUUCGCGUUCCACAGCCGAUCAGAUAUUUUCAAGACAAAUCUUUGGGGCCACAUCUGUGCAUCGGCUAUCUUGUUAUGGAGUUUAUCCAUGGCACAAAUCUGUCGUCAUAUCUUGAGUCUACGGGUACACAUGAUCAAGAAGAAGUUGUCAAUAGGCUUCUACGGGUACUUGAUCAUUUGGAAAGUUUACCUCCGCCUAAUGGGCACACUCUUGGCCCAGUAGGUGGUGGCCCCUUACGUGGCUACUUGUGGUCGGAUGAUGGCGUUAAUAUUAUCUGCAACUUUGUCCUUGAGCUACAAGACUUUCUCAACACUAUUAUCAGAGAUUACACUACAAAGAGAGACAGUAAACUUGGGGGUUAUGUCAACCAUACCAUUGUUGACGGCAAACAAAAAUCAGCGCCGCCACCAAUGGGUCCACCCUCUUUAACAUUCGAUACACAGAACUGA